AUGGAUCCGGCGAAGCGUCGUGGGCUUAAGGGACCAGAAGCGGGCAAGGAAAUUUAUAUUGAGGAUGACGUUUGGAUUGGAGCUGGUGUCUCAAUUCUGGGUGGUGUGCGAGUUGGACGAGGGAGUCCCGAUGUCCCUGCUUUUCAUUUUGUUGCCGGGAAUCCUGCUACGGUGAUUAGACGAAUCGAGUCAGCAAUGAACCCAAGCCCAGAUGAUAACGCAAAUGAGAAGUCAGAUAUUUGA